CGGGGCGCGCCGGGCCGUUGGACUGCGCGUGCGCGGUACCUGUGGCAGCGGUCCCCGCCCCAGCCGUGUAGGAGUUCUUCAAAAAUCCCUUGCUUCGUUUCCAUCCCUUCAGAAGAGAUUUGAAUGCAACUCAUCCAGCCUUGCUGUUGCACAAGACUGAUACGGACUUUGAAGUUGGGUCUGUCAGUGGAAACAAGCUGGAACUAAGCAGGAGAGGGGAAUGAGUCUUACUCUGAAAAACACCUCCUUGGCACUGAUGAGGUCAUAGCUGGAUUUAUGUUUGAACUCUUGUUCUGAAUUUUAUAUCCUUGAGGGCUUUUUCUUAGAUAUUUUCUGAAGGACUAGUUACUGUUUGUCUUUUUUUUGUUUUCUUUCUGAAGCAGUUAAGUGGAUUGUCAAGUUGUCUUGGAAAAAAACCCAGAAUAACUCAUCAGAAGAUGUUUCACAUUUUUCAAUAUCAGCCUUUAAGACUAAUAACCCAAAACAGUCUUUCUAGCAUGUGUUUAAAACUCAUGCUUUCAAGACCUGUUGCAUUUGCACAGAUAUGGAAGUCAUGGUUCUCAAGUCAUUCUCUUCUUGGAAAGAAAAAUAUUAUCCUGAUGGGACCUCCAGGUGCUGGGAAAACAACGACUGGGAGAAUAGUGGGCCAGAAACUGGAUUGCCCUGUCAUAGACAUAGAUGAUGAUGUCCUUGAAACAACCUGGAAUAUGAGCGUGUCAGAAAAACUGCAGGACGUUGGUUAUGAGGAAUUUCUAGAGGAGGAAGGAAAAGCCCUGUUGAAGUUCUCAGCAUCUGGAAGUGUAAUUUCCCUUAGUGGGUCCAAUCCAAUGCAUGCUGCUGGCAUGCAGCACAUAAAGAAAAAUGGAAUAGUUGUGUAUCUGGAUGUGCCCACAACAGUCAUUAUGAGCAGGCUGAAAUCAAAGCAAAUGGCUCGUAUUGUGGGCCUGUCUCCUGGUAUUUCUCUCAAAGACGUUCUUCAGUUCAGGAAGCAGUUCUACAAAAGGUGGUUUGACAUCCGUGUUCUUUGUGGUGGGGACGUUGCAGCAGAGGUUGUAGCAGAAAAGGUACUUGACGCUGUGAAGAGAUACCAAGACUCAGAACUGGAAACUUUCAUUUCAACGAGGUCUAGUAGGUCUGGAAGGAGUACGGAAGAAGACUCUCAUAAAUUGUAUUUCAGUGAUGUUGUUAUUCAGGGCUUAGCCCUUGAUGGAGGACUCUUUGUUCCUGAGAGAGGACUUCCAAAAUUCACUGCUGAAGACUGGCAAGGUCUGAUAGAAGCAACUUACGUCGAAAGAGCCCAGGUGAUACUAGAAAAAUGCAUACAUCCUGCUGAUAUUCCUGCUUCUAAGCUAGCAGAAAUUAUUGAAACUGCUUACGGAGAAAAUUUUAGUUGUUCUAAAGUUGCCCCAGUUAGGCAUCUGGCAGGCAAUCAGUUCCUUCUUGAGUUAUUUCAUGGGCCAACAGCAUCAUUUAAAGAUUUUGCAUUACAGUUGAUGCCACAUUUAUUUGCCUACUGCAUUCCCAGAAGCUGCAAUUACUUGAUUCUGGUAGCUACUUCUGGAGACACAGGGAGUGCUGUUCUAGAUGGCUUUAGUCGUCUCCAUGACACUGACAAACAGAGAAUUGCUCUGGUGAAUUUUUUUCCUGAGGAUGGAGUAAGCCCAAUUCAAAAAUCACAAAUGAUUGGCUGUCAGAAGGAAAAUGCUUGGUCAGUGGGUGUCAAAUCAGAUUUUGAUUUUUGCCAGACAGCUAUAAAGCAAAUCUUUACUAAUUCUGAUUUUACUGGCUUUCUUACAGUAGAAUACGGAACAGCUUUAGCUGCAGCAAAUUCCAUAAACUGGGCACGACUUCUUCCUCAGAUAGUUUAUCAUGCCUCUGCAUACCUUGAUCUCGUUCAUCAAGGUAUUAUUUCUUUUGGAAGCCCUGUAGAUAUUUGCAUUCCUACGGGAAACUUUGGCAACAUGUUAGCUGCUUUCUAUGCUAAAAUGAUGGGAAUUCCUAUUAGGAAGUGUAUUUGUGCUUCCAAUGAAAACAAUGUUUUGACUGAAUUCAUAAGAACAGGUGUUUAUGAUUUGAGGGGAAGAAGAUUAAUUUCCAGUUUUUCACCAGCAGUAGAUAUUUUGAAGUCCUCCAAUCUUGAGCGAUACUUACACCUGAUUGCUAAUGAAGAUGGACAAUUGGUGACACAAUUAUUUAAUCAGCUGGAAAAUCAGGGCCACUUCCAGCUGCAGAAAGAUCUGCUUGGAAAGCUUCAGCAGGACUUAGUGGCUGGCUGGUGCUCUGCUGAGGACUGCCUGGCUGCCAUUCACUCUGUGUACAGUACUACAGGAUAUAUUUUGGAUACACACACAGCUGUUGCUAAAGUAGUUGCAGAUCGAUUACAAGAUAGAACUUGCCCAAUUAUUAUUUCAUCUACAGCUCAUUAUUCUAAGUUUGCACCUGCUAUCUUGAGGGCCUUGAGGAUUGCAGAAAUAAAUCAGAAUCCAUUAAGUCAGCUUCACUUGCUGAGUUCUUACAGCGCUCUGCCUCCAAUCCACUGGGGCCUAUUGGAGACUCUGAAAAAGACAGGAAAUGGGGAUCACCAGGUCUGUGCUGCUGAUAUGAGUGUGCUGAUGUCCCAUAUAGAAACCUUAAUUCAAAAUCAUUUUAUGAAAGUUUUUUGAGCAACUGAUCCAAUGUCCACAAUUGCAAUACCUUGUUAACAAGCUGCAUGCUUUACUAAAGUCAUCAUUCAUCUGGCCUGUGUCCAGUCCACAGCAUAUCUCACAGUUUUAUAUUCAGUUGUCAAGCUUUCAACAGUAUUUGUAAGUAACAUGUGUGAGAUUUCUAGUGGCAGUGAAAGGUUGUGAAUCUAGAGUGUAAAAAACUGGAAUACCACUUUGCAAAUCAUACACAGUAGAGAUGCCAGCAUUGCUGGCUCUCCUUGGCAGUGCUGUCUCCUUCACAAGCCUGAAGCAUCCUCAACGGAAGGAGGCAGAUAAUGAAGUCUGACCUUUCUGGAACUAAUAGCUCUGGUUUUGUUGCAACAAUGAUGUGAACCUUUGGUCAGUGGAUGUUUAAUUAAACUUUAACUCAUUUCACUUAGGGCACUGAAACAUAAUAAUAUAAUGGUGUUCAUAUGCUACUAAUGAAGGUUGAUUUCACUACAAAAUUAAAAUAUCCUUGUAUUGUUAAUCCUUGAACCACUGAAGUUUGUGAUAUAUUACCUUCUUGUGUAAUGUUUUUUAUGUAUUGUGUUUCCAGUGUCGAGGUAUAAAAAUCUGGUAAUUUUGUUUUUAAUACCUUUAAAUAUUUUAAAUAUUUUUUAAAUAUUUUCCUGUGUCAAAUAGAAUACCUAAUUCAAUAUUUUUAAUAUAUUUGAGGUGUGGCUCUUCCUCCAGUGUCUUGUAGUCUCUUUCCUAGAUGUUUUUUAUUUGAACUUUCAACUUUAAAAUCCUUUUUUAGUACUAUAGAAGAAUUUGAUAGUGGUAACAGCUGUCUUCUUAAAUAAGAAACAGACUUCACCAUUUAUUUAUAUUUUUUGUAUUAUGUUUUAUCUUUGAGAUCAUAUAGCUUUUCAUGUUGUAAUUACUUAUGUUUUCAUAUUUUUCUUAAGUUAAUUUCCUUGAUGUUCUAUUCUAUUCAAGCUUUGCAUGAAUUAAUAUAAGAAAGAAGCUUCCCAAAUUACUUGGCAUCUCAUCAAGGAAAGUGAAGGAUGAAUUCCAGUUUGAUAGCAUCAGAAGUGUUCAUUAUGUAACCCAAAAUACAUCUGUGUGGUUUUGCUAAUGGCAGGGCUCUUUACUGGGUUUUUUUUCUGAAGAAAAAUUAGACUGGAUUGUCCUAGGAGAUCAUGUGGUUAUGGACAAAUGUAUUCUACUAAUUGAAGAUUAUAUUUCACAAGUACAUAAACUACAUUUCAUACUAUGAGAAAUGGUAAAAUGAUGUAUUGAAAGGUUUGAGAGGUAAAGAGCUAAGAGUCUUCAGAUGUAAGGACAUAUAGCUACAGGAAGUUUUGUUUCUCACUAAGAUUCAAAUAACCUGGUAAUUGAUAACAUUUUUUUGCCUCUUCAGUAGGCAACAUUUUCUACAUGUCAAGAUUCACUUGAGGCUUUGAACUGUUCUGGUAUCUGAUAGCUUCCUCUGUGUGCCUGCUUGUACUUUUUGCCACACUAGAAGUGAACAAGACACCAUCUAGCAAACUAUUUUAAAGAAUUGUAAUUUCUUCCAGUGGAAGGUAAAAGUCCCAAGCAUGAUGUGCCUUUGCCACAGUGAAUAUGUAUACAGUAUCAUUAAAUGUAGCUGAGAACAUGGGUGUGACACAGUAGCUUUCUAGAUUCCUCCAUUCUUAGAUACUUUUUUAGGACCUUUCUAGUUCUUUGCUCAAACCUUAUUCACUAUUUCUGCAGUAACUUUGAAAAAUAACUUUUUGUUUUUAUGGAAUUGUGAACAGACCAGGUUGGAUGUGACCUGAAAACAUCAUCUGGGCCAACCUUUUGUGAGAAAUGGAGCCUACAUGAGAUUAUCUAGCACCCUCUCUGGUUAUGUCCUAAAAACUUCCAGCAGUGGAGACCCUUCCACAUCCCUGGGGAUAUUGUUCUAGUGAUUGAGUGUUCUCACUGUAAAAAUUUCUUUCUUAUACCAAAAUGAACAUUCUCCUGAUGCAACCUUCUCCUCUUCCCCCUUCUCAUCUCCAUAUGGCUCCUUGUGAAGAGAGAGCCUCCAAUCUCUUCCUAACCACCACUGAAGUAUUGGACAGCUGUGCUGAAGUUCCCCCUGAACCUCCUGUAGUAUGAAAAGAUCUGACUCAUUCGAUGUCCUCAUAGGGCAGGGGACUUUUCAUCAUUUUCCAAAUACAACCGGGGAAAGACCAUGAUUAUAUAAUUUAAAAAAAUCCAAGUCCCAUAAGAAAAAGUUACAUAAGCAUAUUUCCAAGAAAGAGGCACUGUUUGUAUCAGUGAUAAGUCUUGUAUUUCUGUAUGUUUCAAUCUGAUUCUUAUGAUAAUUCCAAGUGGAAAAAAAAUUAAUGCUUUCUCUGGAUGAGCUCAUUACAAAACCAGAAUUCCAAAUCUUGAAAAUAAAAACCCAAAAUGAAA